CCGAGUGCGGGCGGUGGGGUUAAGCGCGUCGCCGCUUCCCCGGCCUAGGCGCGAGCACAGAGCGCUGAAUCCGCACCUCGGACCUGCAGCGGCGGUGUCACGCAAUGGGUCUUCGCCUCUGUCCCUACCAUGCGGCGCUGCUCCCGGGUGGCUUCCUGUGCCUCCUGCUCCUGGCGGAUCCGGCGCUCCCGGUCGGACGUCCCCCUCCGGUGGUGCUGGGACUCAAAACACAGGGCAGUAUUAGGACACACCAGGUUCAGUGUCACCUCUGGAUCAUCAACUCAAUAUCCUCCCCUGAUAGGCUGGUCUACAACAGAACAUCCCGGGCCACCCAGUUCCCAGAUGGUGUGGAUGUGCGUGUCCCUGGCUUUGGGAAGACUUUCUCACUGGAGUUCCUGGACCCCAGCAAAAGCAGUGUGGGUUCCUAUUUCCACACCAUGGUAGAGAGCCUUGUGGGCUGGGGCUACACACGGGGUGAGGAUGUCCGGGGGGCCCCCUACGACUGGCGCCGAGCCCCAAAUGAAAACGGGCCCUACUUCCUGGCCCUCCGGGAGAUGAUCGAGGAGAUGCACCAGCUGUAUGGGGGCCCUGUGGUGCUGGUUGCCCACAGCAUGGGCAACAUGUACACACUCUACUUUCUGCAGCGACAGCCACAGGCCUGGAAGAACAAGUACAUCCAUGCGUUUGUGGCACUGGGUGCGCCCUGGGGGGGCGUGGCCAAGACUUUUCGUGUCCUGGCCUCAGGAGACAACAAUCGGAUCCCGGUCAUCGGGCCCCUGAAGAUCCGGGAGCAGCAGCGGUCUGCUGUCUCCACCAGCUGGCUGCUGCCCUACAGCUCCGCCUGGUCGCCCGGCAAGAUCUUCGUGCGCACACCCACCACCAACUACACGCUGCGGGAUUAUCGCCGCUUCUUCCAGGACAUCGGCUUCAGAGACGGGUGGCUCAUGCGGCAGGACACGGAGGGGCUGGUCGAAGCCACGGCGCCACCUGGCGUGCCGCUGCACUGCCUCUACGGCACUGGGGUCCCCACGCCAGACUCCUUCUACUACGAGAGCUUCCCGGACCGCGAGCCCAGAAUCUGCUUUGGCAACGGCGACGGCACCGUGAACUUGCAGAGCGCCCUGCAGUGCCGGGCCUGGCGCGGCCGCCAGGAGCAGCCAGUGUCUCUGCAGGCGCUGCCGGGCAGCGAGCACAUAGAGAUGCUGGCCAAUGCCACCACCUUGGCCUAUCUGAAGCGUGUGCUCCUUGGGCCCUGAUCCGUGCGCCGGGCAGGGCUGUGGGACGGCCUGGCCACGGCCGCUUCUCUUGUCCUUCUGGGCUCUCGCCGUCCGGGAGUUCAGCAGCUCGGGACU